GCUACUCCCCCGAUCCGCUCAGCAACCUGAGCCUCCCCGCCGCGAAGAGCGAUAUUCGAAGAUGACGGUAGCCUUUCCUAUCGUCCUGCUUGCUUUCACCUUGUACGCCCUGCUAGGCGAAUGCUCUCAGCGGACAGAGCAGAUAGAAGGGAUCCAGGUAUCCGAAGCGGUCCAGCAACUGUGGGCACAAUACUCGCCCUACUUCGCAUCGGGCGAUUACGAAGUCCCGAAAGGAUGCCGGGUCACGCAGGUCAACCUGAUCCAGCGUCAUGGUGCAAGGUUCCCUACCUCUGGGCCGGGCCAGCAAAUCCAGUCAGCUAUCUCCAAGUUGCAGUCCGUCAGUGAUUUCAAGGAUCCUCGGCUCAAUUUCUUGAGAGACUACGUUUAUGAUCUCGGCACCAAUGAUCUGGUACCCUUUGGCGCACUCCAGUCCUUCGAAUCCGGGCAGCAGCAAUUCAAACGCUAUUCGGCAUUAGUAUCCUCGCGCAACUUGCCCUUUGUACGGUCCUCAAGCUCGGACCGCGUAAUCUCGUCCGCAUCGAACUGGACAGCAGGCUUCGCUUCCGCCAGCCACGGCAAAUUUCCGCCAAGCAUCUCCGUCGUCCUCGACGAAGCUGCCAAUGAUACCCUGGACGAUAACAUGUGUACCAAUGCGGGCAGCAGUAACCCACAAACGAACGCUUGGCUGGCCGUUUUUGCGCCGCCCAUCACCUCGCGCCUCAAUACCGCCGCGCCAGGCGCCAAUCUGACCGACAUCGACACGUUCAACCUGAUCUCUCAAUGUGCCUUCGAUAGCGUUGCACACUCUAAAACCAGCCAGUUCUGCGCCCUCUUCUCGACUUCUGACUUCGCCGGCUUCGAGUACUCGGGCGAUUUAAAUAAGUACUACGGGACAGGUUACGGGCAAGCUCUCGGCAGAGUUCAAGGUGUGGGCUACGUCAACGAGCUCAUAGCCCGCCUGACCGGGAAGCCCGUCCGCGAUCACACUCAAACCAACUCGACCUUGGACAGCUCGCCCAUGACCUUCCCUCUCAAUCGAACCAUAUACGCCGACUUCUCGCACGAUAACCAGAUGACCGCCAUAUACGCGGCGAUCGGGCUGUUCAACCAGUCCACCGUCGGCGUGGGGAAUCUGAACGCGACGAAGCCUGACCUGCGUCGCACAUGGGUUGCGUCGAUGCUCGUGCCGUUCUCCGCUCGGAUGGUCACCGAGAAGCUGCAAUGCGGGACCGUCGGGAAGGAGUAUGUCAGGAUCUUGGUCAACGAUGCGCAGCAGCCGCUCGAAUUUUGCGGGGACGGGAGCGGGAUGUGCAGACUGGACGCUUUCGUUGCGAGUCAAGCAUACGCAAGGAGCGAUGGAGAGGGAGAUUGGGAGGCCUGCUUCGAUUAGAACACUUCCCCGUCAGCCGUCCUGAUGACGAUUUUCACUAAGUAUGGCAACGAUGCAAUGCGUGUGAUACGUGUACUUGGCGUCGGUCAAACUGGGUGUAGCACCGAAUGGGGAAACGAGGUCAGUCUGAUUCGAC